ACAACCCAUUUCUUCUUCUCUGGAGUGGCCCCAGGAGUUUUCAGUUUCAACCCAAAGAUGAGAAGUAGCAGCCUCCAUGGGACUUCUUCGAUACGGGAGCUAAGUAGCAUUUCUCAUGGCAGGAAUUUCAAGUCCUCCUUUUACGAUUCUUCCAAGCACCCAUUUGCCAGAGCCAUCCCUUCACUAAGUUUCAAAUCUUGUCAUUUCUGUGUUCGUUGCGCUGUCAGUUUUCGACCUUGCAUUGAUAUUCACAAGGGGAAAGUGAAACAAAUUGUUGGGUCAACUCUUAGAGAUUCCAAGGAGGAUGGAUCAACCCUUGUAACCAAUUUUGAAUCGGAUAAGUCGGCAGCUGAGUUUGCUAACUUGUACAAAAAAGAUGGGCUAAAGGGAGGUCAUGUAAUCAUGCUUGGAGCUGAUCCUCUAAGCCAAGCAGCAGCCAUUGAAGCAUUGCGUGCAUAUCCUGGUGGCUUGCAAGUCGGAGGCGGGAUCAAUUUAGAUAAUUGUUUGAGUUACAUUGAUGAAGGAGCCAACCAUGUCAUUGUCACCUCAUAUGUAUUUAACAACGGGCAAAUGGACCUUGAAAGGCUCAAAGGUCUUGUCAAUGUUAUUGGUAAGCAAAGACUUGUUUUGGACCUUAGCUGCAGAAAGAAGGAAGACAAAUAUGCCAUUGUCACUGAUAGAUGGCAAAAAUUUAGUGAUGUCUAUCUUGAUGAGGAAGUAUUGAAUUUUCUUGCCAGAUUUGCAGAUGAAUUUUUGGUUCAUGGUGUGGACGUUGAAGGGAAAAAGCUAGGAAUAGACAAAGAUCUCGUGGCUUUGCUGGGCAAGCAUUCUCCGAUUCCUGUCACUUAUGCUGGCGGUGUGACAGUAAUGGAUGAUUUAGAGACAAUCAAAGCAGCAGGGAAAGGACGAGUGGACAUCACCGUAGGAAGUGCCUUGGAUAUUUUCGGGGGUAACUUAGCAUACAGUGAUGUAGUUGCAUGGCAUGAGAAUAACAGGAGGGGCAUAAACUAAAGUUGUCGAACUACCUGAGGCCCUAGAAGUUACCUGGUCAGCCAGCCCUCACUCAAGGUGUGCUAAGACGACUUAAAACUUAAACCUGAGUCAACCCUUGAUCUGCCGGGCUUCCCAAGAUCAUCACCUUCUUGGCAUGGAUGAUUGUAGCUGUGUUGUGUUAUAGAAGCUUCUACCGGGAAAUCCUUGGAAUGAACUUGUGAUUAUUUUAUAAUGCAUUGCAUACUUUACAAACAAUAACCCUUUUUUUUCUAUGUAUUUCUCCUGUUCAGUUUUAUGUAUCUGAUUUUAUGAUAAAACCAGAACUUCAUGCCA